AUCUACGUACAAGUGACAUCAGUAUUAUAUCUUAACCACCGUUCAAUCAAUGCAUGCGCUUUUUAAUGUAGGAACACAUAGUGAAAUUGCGUGGACAAAUUUGGAUAUAAAUACAUGUAGUUUGCUGGUAUACGUUGUGGGGCGAAACUGCUAACGUUUGUACACGUUUUCCAUCUUGGUCGAGUUUAUCUGGACCAGGACGCAUACUCGAAACUUUACAAGGCACACAUGAACAACAGGAUUAGGUCACUGAAAUACCGUGUUUGAUUGAUAAACUUUGAAGAGACCAGUUGUUCAAGCAUAGAAGACGAAAUGCCACCAGAGAAAACACGCUUUAAAUUGGGAAGCGAACAAUCCGAAGUAUCGCAGGUAUCGACUUCUACAGUAAUGACUGACAUUUCUACAGACUCCGAUGAGACUGGAAAACCAUGCCAACCAACUUCAGCAUCCAGACGACCCAGUAAAGACCAAACGCCAAAAGAGCGGGAAACGAAGCUUGCAGCUCGAAAGAGACAAGUGUCAUUUUCAAAUGGUGCUGACGAAACCGAUAUGUCGGAAUUGCAAAGAUUACAAAGCACAAAUAGCAACGAAAUAGACUCGGUAAUUCAUCAACCGAAUUAUGCUCAACAGCAAUAUUAUCAACAGCAUACGUCGUACACACGUGUACCGUUGGAUGACGAAAAUAUGUAUAGCCUUCAACGGAAAUAUAUUGAGCGAACACGAAGGACUCGUCGAUAUACAGAGGGUAGCAUUUGCAACGUUGAUCGAGAUUUUGAAAGGCAUUUGCUGGAAAAUGAUAUAGUGAUGCGACACAGUAAAACUGCGCCAAAACUGGUUUAUCCCGAUGAAAUUAGCUGUAAAUGUCAAGCAUGCGACGCCGAACAUAAGCAUCGUGAGAAGGUACUUGAUUAUUAUUUUGAUAAAUUCGAUAGAGAAGAAAGAAUGCCAAACAGAAGUCAUAGUAUUACAUCAUUGCCUGAACAACAUUUUCGGCACAACAAUAAUAUAAAUUCCUAUUGCCAAAGAUCACGUCAUUAUAACACUGAACGAGACCAUGUGGAUACAGUCGUACAGCUUGACAGUCAUUACCAGCCCUAUAUACACCCGGUCUAUAAAUGCAACAAAUCUCGCUCAGUUGAUAUCUUAGAGCCUAUUGAGAGUGGUGAUGGUGAAGUUCCAAGAAUGGGAAAUGCCCCCUGUCGACCUUUGCCAGAAGUUCCCACUGGAAGUGAUGCGGGUACGUCCGGAUGUGCACAAAUGAACCCUUCGGGCAAUAAUUCCGAUCCGGCUUCCAGCGCUCGAAGUGAAAGCUAUCAUUCAAGUCAUAGAAUUAGAAUUCUGGUGAUCUUGAAUGUCCUUCAGCUUCUGCUUAUUCCUGCAGGACUAUCUGUCUAUAUGUUCAUACUAAAUAAAGAUCCUGAGAUACAUUUACAAAAUACUGUAGAUCCUGUUCGAUUGGACCAAAAUGAGCACAGGGACUGUGUUUCUUGUUUAGAGUUUCAGGAUAUUGCUCUAGCGCCGCCGCUUGAUCUCGGCCUUAUUCGUGAUGAAAAUAAUAAAAGUGUUUGUUGCGUUCAAAAGGGGGAGAACACUCUGAAAGUUGUCCUCAAGGUAAUAUCAAAAAUGGAAAAUAACUGUACAGAAAAAAACACACCUCGUCCAGUCCUACAACUUACUUCGAUGUCGGCUGAAAAGUUAUCAGAAGAUAACACUAUUGUCUGGAGUGACAAAGAUGGACAGAAACCCGUCAAAUCGAACACACUUAAGCUCGUGGAUGGAGGCAAGGCUGUGCAAAUUAACUAUGGAGGAUUCUACUUCGUUUCCACAAAAUUGUCAUUUAUGUCCAAGAAAACAAGCAUUGACGGAGAGUCGUUUGCCAUUGGUCAUCAGAUUCUAGUGGAUGACAAGACAUUCGAGGAGACAUCCCAGAUGUGUUAUUUUCCACCAACAAAUAAAACUCUUGCUGUCGAGCAUGUUAGUACAAAGCAGUUUGUCAAAAACUUCAAAACAUACGAGCGUGUCUCGGUGAAAGUAAAACCUAGAUUAAAUUUUAAACCUGAAAGCGCGCGAAUCAUUCUGUUUUAUCUUGGACAGAGUGCGCACUGAAAGUAGGGGCAGAUCCAGGAUCUAGCGUUAGAUGGUGUAAACUUUGGGAACGAAAAUGAGAACGUGCACCAUUCCGCAGACAUUUUAGGCUGCUAACGUUUUGGCUACAUUUAGUCAUAAAGUUUGCACUCUACUUUUAUUUUGAAUAUCUUUAUGCCAUAUUGUCAUGAAAUUUCACUUCGUCAAUUUUCUAUUGAUGUGCCGGUUUCGACCCCGCUACCCCGGGAUCGGCUUGUAAAAGUACUGAAUACUAGACUUUAAUAUCAAAUUCUGACGUAUUUCAGUGCAAAAAACCCUAAUAAAACGUUAUUAAAUGUGUGUGUGUGUGUGUGUGUGUGUGUGCGCGCGUGUGCGUGUGCGUGUGUGUGUGUGUGUGUGUUUUCUAUUUUUUUAUUCUCACAUAUCAUAUCACAUGUUAAUUUAACAAACCUUAAUAUAUAUAUAUAUUUGCUCAUUUACGAAAUGUUUUGUAGAUAAAAUUACAUUUUAUGUUUGAACAUAGUGCGAUCAGAGGUAGUUUGUGUUUGUCAUGUGACAUCUUAUUCAAACUCAAUACAUACAAAUGCAAAACAAACAUCACUUUUGAUUGAUAAACAUUUUACUUCUUACUAAAUAAUGCAUUUAUGAAAAAUAUAACUGAUAAAAAGAUUGUAACCAUGUAUUUAAUAGUUUUAAACGCAACAACAUUAAAUGAUUGGUGAGUGCUAAAAGAUUUAGUGCGAAUCUACUAUUGUCUCAUAAGGUAGAAAUACUGUGUUUUCUGCCCCCUUCCUUCAAAUUAAACUCGGUAUCCUUCAUAAGAACCAUUGUUUACGACAAGUAUUCACCUUUUAAUAUAUUAAAACAAUUGUAUGAAUUGUGGUAAAUCUUAUUUGGGAGUAAGUGCAUCUUUAACAUAAUGUUACCAGUUUUUUUAUGUUGUGUAUAUAUAUAUAUAUAUAUAUGUACAACCCCAACCCCAACCCUAACCCUACAUAUAUCUUUGUUGUAUGCAUGUACAUUGUAUAUAUAUAACAUGUAUACAUCGCAUGAUUAGGCUACAUUGUAUUAAUACAUGUAUCAUGUACUGAUCUCUUAACGUCAUGUAUAUAUAUGUAUCAGCGAUUGAGAUAUGAUAGCUAUCUAACAGUCACAAAACACUUUAUGACACGUAUUCAGGGUUGACUUUUGAACUAUAAAUAUAAUUAGCAAAUUCCAUAUCACUGAACAUGAGUUUUCGAACAAAAACGCUGAUCAUUAGUUUUACAAGUUAACAACAGCGCUGAUCAUUAGCUUUACAAGUUGACAAUAGCGCUGAUCAUUAGUUUUUUUCUGUUGCUGCUUUUGAUAUUUUCUGAGUUAACAACAAUGCUGAUCAUGAGUCGUCUGAGUUACCAACAGCGCUGAUCAUGAUUUUGGCGGAAUUAACAACAGCGCUGAUCGUGAUUUUGGCGGAAUAAACAACAGCGCUGAUCAUGAUUUUGGCGGAAUUAACAACAGCGCUGAUCAUGACUUUGGCGGAAUUAACAACAGCGCUGAUCAUGAUUUUGGCGGAAUUAACAACAACGCUGAUCAUGAUUUUGGCGGAAUUAACAACAAUGUAUAUAAUGUGUUUUAUAUAAGUUAAGGACACUGCAGGAUACUUAAGCAGGUUAGAAAUUUAACUUGAUCAUGAUAUGUGCAUUUUUGUUAUGAUCUCAAAAUAAACUAUGUUGUGGAUUUUUAAAUAGUUUUUUGUUUGUUUGUUGUCAUGAUUAUAUUCAUAGUUAUGUCCUAUUCAGUAUUCGUAAACAUACUAUAUGUAUCUCCAUCCAUAACUUUUGUGGUAUAUAACUGCCGUAAGAUAACCUGUUAAUGUUCGCAAUUAUUUCGUGUUAACCACUUAGUUUUCGCGAUAAUUAUCGAGAUAUGUUAAACCAUCAAUUCUUUAAGAUUUGUAACAUAUCACUUAACGGCGAGGCAUCAUUGUGCUUUGUAUGUAUGGAAAAGUAUAUUGUACAUAUAUAUGAUCUAAUCAUGCAGUCAUGUUGACCUUUUGUAUGUCGACUUGCGAGUUAUUGCACGACAUGUCACAAUAAUAUGUCGACGUAUCUAUUUAAUAAUUUAACAGGUCGACCUAAUUAUUGCGAAAUGACCUGCUAUAACUCGAAUCUCGUCAUGACUACAUCACAUCAUCUGUUUGAACGAUAAUUAUACUUUUUCAUAACAUAAGUAUUACAUUUGUAUAUGUUCAUAAAUUUAUACACUAAUUUUGUAAAUGUAACAUUUGUUCAACUAUACCCUUUAUAUUCAAGUGUACAAACACACACGGCUUAUAGAUAUUACAGUUUCUUUAUUGUUAACGGCGGUUCACUAUGUACAAAAUAAGUCAGUCCUUUAAACUCUUUUUUUCAUAUAAUUGGCUGUCAAUAUGUCCCUUUCUGAUUUGUGUCUAUAAGCUAUGUAAUUCGCAAGACACUAAUAUAUAUAUUGAAAUUAAGUUAAGUACAUUUACUUUAUUUACAUAUAAUUCCCUCUUAGCAGCCAGUCUUAUCUUUACCUAAGCGAGCUUGAAUAACACUACCUGGUAUAUUUAAAGAAUAAUACAAUUUUGCAGUGUAUUUUAUAAUGCUCACAUUCACCUCUCACUCGUUGUUUCGUUAUCAACAGCAUGUACUUUUUUAUACAGAUUAUUAGCAAGGACUUGUGUACUUAUUAUAAUUAUUAGUUUUACAGUUAUUCUUACCCCGUCUUCGUUAUAGUUUUUUUUAUAUUAUAUUCUUAACAAUUAAGUGAGUUAAAUGUUAAUAAGACCAAAAGUAAAUGCUAAUUUUCUAAGUGUUGAGCGCGAAUUGUCUUCGUACAAGCCAGCGCCUAUGCGCGACCCUCUAAAUAACCAACUUAAUAAAACCAAAUAAUAAAUAAAUUGAAAUCUAGCUGUUGCAUCUGCAUGGCAUUUUGGUUGUCAGGGCCUCUUAAAUGUGAUUAAAUGUGAAUCUGUCCACUAAUCCUUUUGGCGGAGGCAUGAACCUGAACACUAAAUACCAUUGUACGUAGCAUGUAUAUUGUAUAUAAAAAAAAUUUGACAUAAUUUCAUGAAAAUGUUUGCCCUACAUUUCUGAAAAGACGCAUAAUAGUCAUACGUAUGAUGUUAUAAGAUGUCAUGAAAAUAAAAAAAUGUUCUAGUUUUGUGACAAGAUUUAUAUCUUAUUUUCUUCGAUUGAAACAAACGUUGAUAGCAAUUACAAUACGCAUUGUUAACUUUAUCUUACUAUGUCGACAAACAAUAUUUGGUUUGUUCUUUAACAAGCUAGUAAAGUUAUAUUUUUAAAUUUCAUUGAUUUUUACCACUUUAAAUAGCAUUUUGUACACUGAAUAGAAACAAUUUGCCAUAUAGUCCAAGGCCGUUUAAGUGAGUCUUGGCCAUAACUUCAAUUAUCUUAAAUCUGUAUAA